AUGAGCUUCUUUGGUUUUGGUCAAAGUGCGGACAUCGAUAUAGUUCUGAAUGACGCCGAAACGAGAAAGAAAGCUGAGCAUAAAAGCGAAGACGGCAGGAAGGACAAGUAUUUUCUCUUCUACGACGGGGAGACGGUGUCGGGGAAAGUCAACGUUACGCUGAAGUACCCGGGAAAGAGGCUUGAGCACAACGGCAUCAAGAUUGAGUUCAUCGGCCAGAUAGAGCUGUACUACGACAGAGGAAACCACCAUGAGUUUGUGUCUCUUGUGAAAGACUUGGCACGGCCAGGGGAGCUCACACAGUCACAGACGUUUGACUUUGAGUUCACACAUGUGGAGAAACCCUACGAGUCUUACACCGGUCAGAACGUCAAAUUACGCUACUUUCUGAGGGCGACAGUAGCCCGAAGACUGAAUGACAUCAGCAAAGAGCUGGACAUCGUGGUCCACACACUCAGCACCUACCCUGAGCUCAACUCCUCCAUCAAGAUGGAAGUGGGCAUCGAGGACUGUCUACACAUAGAGUUUGAGUACAACAAGUCCAAGUAUCACCUAAAAGAUGUGAUUGUUGGAAAGAUUUACUUUUUGCUGGUGAGGAUUAAAAUCAAACACAUGGAGAUCGACAUCAUCAAGCGGGAGACGACUGGCACGGGACCAAACGUCUACCACGAGAACGACACGAUCGCGAAGUAUGAGAUUAUGGACGGUGCCCCAGUCAGAGGAGAGUCCAUCCCCAUCAGGCUGUUUCUAGCUGGCUAUGAGAUGACACCCACAAUGAGGGACAUUAACAAGAAGUUCUCGGUGCGGUACUACCUCAACUUGGUCCUCAUCGACGAGGAGGAGCGACGCUACUUCAAACAGCAGGAGGUCACCCUGUGGAGGAAAGGUGACAUAGUGAGGAAGAGUAUGUCUCACCAAGCUGCCAUCGCUUCCCAGCGCUUCGAGGGCUCCUACAAUCCAGAGAGGAGCCAGAGUCAGAACAACGCAGAAGACGAGGACAGUUAAAGCUCGGCUCACAUCUUGCCUCGGUGUAGUGAGUGUGUGAGCGAAACACAGCUCAGCAAUUGUCUGCAAAUUCUGAAUGUGAAUAUCACGUGUUUUCAUCAAGAUAGAAUGCACUGCAGUAUUCUUCAGGAUGUGUGUGUGAGUGAGUAAGUGAGAGAAGCUUUGACAUGUGCAGUGUGUGUGUGGGUGUCUAUGUUGUAUGUGUGUUUGUGCGUCAAGGGCGCAAGCAGUCAGACCAGGCUCAGGCUGUAGUUGCAAGUAAUUGUUUGUUUGUUUGUUUUAACCACCUUGAAGUACCCGCUGGGUGGAGUUUACCACAUUAAGACAGAUGAGACAAAUUUCUCCGUCACAAAGAAACUGCACAAAAUCAACUUAUAAGUGCUUAACUCAGUUUUUUUGGUAUUUAUUGUACAGUUCAGUGUGGCAGACUUCACCCAUUAGAUGCACUUAAAUUUCAUUUGCAAAUACUGUUUGACCAAUAUCUUGAAUUCACGUGUGUGUAUGUAUGAACAUUAUGUGGCAGAGAGCCACCACGGGUGUAUUUCUAACAUGACCUUUUGCUCUGCUGGAAGAUUGCGCUGUACAGAAACUGUAGUCAUACAGUUGGUUUCUAUAAACUGGGUAAAUAAUAGUUCUUACAGUACAUUUCUGUAUGUGUACUCAAAGGAAUGUCACACUGUGUAAUUAAUUCCUCAGCAUUCAUUAUUUCACUGCCAUGCCCUCCUUUCAUUCGGUUUCAAUUUAAAAAAUGUUGUCUCUUAAUUAAAAAAAACCUAAGCCAUUACUAUUAGAUAAUAACCACAGAUAUCAGACUGAAAACAUGCUGAAUUUGAAAGGAAAUGCAUUUACAUAUUUGUAUAAGACGAUGCUUAAAAUAUUUUCAUACAUUCCAAGGCUCUCAUCAGAAAUAGGCAUAACUGUAGAGUAUUUAUUUUUUUAAGAAACCUCCAGCAUUUGACAUGUUCUAGGCGUCAGUUGGUUGUAGCUCAGUAUCUGUCGUUGCCACUGCUGCUAAAACAAACGUGGCACUUGUGACCGCUGUGUGAUUUUAACAUCCAUCGCUGUUCCGCUCUCUGAUAGUUUGAAGCCCUGCUUUCUUAUUUGCACUAUGAUCUUUCUGCUUUUUUUUCCCUGUUCAGUGCUAUUUAUGAUCUCACUGGACUCAUGGAAGGGUUCCGGAGUAGAGUGAAAAUCAGACUUUACCCAGGCGUCACUUCAUAUUUAAUAUAGACAGCGUUACAUCUGUGUUUAGCUACAAAGUCAACAGAGGGGCUGUUCAGAGCUGGUAUCAACAUCCAUCCUUACAUUUACAGAUGAAAUGUGGACUGCUUUACGGACUGGCAUGAAGAUACAUUGAGGAGAUAUUUGAGAUCUGAUCACAGACCCCUUUCAGAGGUGGAACUGGUCUGAGGUGAAACUUAAACCAGUCUGUCUGCUUCUGUGACUAAGGUGCAUCAACCUGCAGUUAAAGCAGCUGUUUGAACGCAUUGUUUCAACUGAUGUCACCACUGAGAAAAAACAUUUUGUUGACAGUAAACAUGCAAAAUGUUGUCUGGUUCGGAGAGACUAAACUCUGUUAAACACUAUUGCUGACCAAUUCUAACUAAAUGGGCUUUCUUGUUAAUUCGGCACAUGUAAUACAUCAGUUUCUUUCCUUAUCUGUGUGAAAAUCAUGUGUCUGUUUUUCGCAAUAAUGUGGUGUGUUUAUUUGUAUAAAAAGCAGGGAGGUGGGAUCAGUUAAUGGCAGGUUUGAACUGACAGGCUUGGAGCUGUCCACUUCAGAUUGGAUCAGUCUGAGUGGAUGUUGAUACCAGGUCUUAAUUCCGUCAUAUGCUUGUGAGUCCUGCCUUUUAGUAGGACUGACUGCGCUGUUUGGUAAGUUAGUUUUGUGCCUAAGGACUUUUUGCCAAAAUGUUUGAAUGCAAUACUAGAAAACAGUUGCCACAGUGUACUGCUAAGCCCUUUCUUCUCAUUCGGACUGUGCUCAUCUGCUAGUGUCACUUCAUACGUCACAAAACGGGUUUAAUGUAAAGGUAGUAUCACCAAAUGGUAGCGUAAAAAGAAUAACGAAUGUAUAAGACAGGUUACUCAGUCAGUCAUAUUGAGCAUUAGUUUAAAUUCAGACACCGAAGGGACUGUAACUCUAUAUAUUAUCAUCAGGUUUUUUGUUGCUUCGGUACAGGCAGGGUCGAUAGCUCAGUUCCUGUGCCAGUACUUCUUUUUAUUGAAUCUUUUUUUGUCUAUACUGAUAAAAAGAGCACACUGGUGAGAACAAAGUGUGAAGCACUGAUACUGAACCUCAGCUUUUGGCCUGUUGUACUAACAUUGCCCUAGCCUGCAAUUAUUUGUUCGACAAAUGUACGCAGUGCGACUCGCACAAUCCAUCACUGUGUAUCAUGAAUGUUUAAGACGUUUUUAUAUUUUGUACUUUCUCUGGCUCAAUUUUUAGAACACUUGUCCCGUGCUUAACUGUUAGCAUACUGUCGCUCAGGUAACUGCUAAAAUAUAGGAUAUGCAGGCCUACAGUGAUGUGUUGAUUUGAGCUGACAAGACACUUUAAUCUGGAUUAAUGGAUUCACUUCAGAGUUAAGAGAGUUUUUCUUAUUAAGAGAUUCUUGCUUUCUCGUACAGUUGAUGGAGGAAAUUACUGCUGUAUUGUGAUUGCUAUUAGGGGACUGUACUUAAAUUAUUUGGGUGGAAAUCACAACACUUUAUUGUGGUCAUGGAUCAGUCAUUUUUACUUAGCCCAAAAUUGCAAAACAGGAGUAGAAUUGGAUUUGAUAAUUGCCAAAUGUAUGAUGCACUUCAUAUAUUGAUAGAACAAGUUGGGUUUGCUUAACAGGAAUUACAUUGUAGGUUAACUCUUUUGAGGUCCAGAAUAAAGUGAAGAUGACAGUUGGCUGGUGAAAAGGUGGCGUGGUCUUUGUCAUGUGGUCAGACAGAAUCAGACACAGGUUUUAGUUCAUUUUCACAUUUUUGUAUUUUAAAAAGUAGUUCAUAGCCUUUAGUUUCUACGUGUCUGAGGGUAAGAAAGGCUUCAAUAGUGUGCAAAGAUGGAUGACCUACAAUUCCGUAUCCUUCUUCAUCUCUGUUUAUAGGGGGAUCACAAAUAAACUUUCAAGGCGCAAACAACCAACUACAGUAUAGGAGUUUGUAAAUUUUGCACUUUGCAGGUCAGUGAAGACAAUGUGGCUACAUAUUGUCAGCUCUAUUUAUUGGCUAGAUAGAUAUUGGCUGACAGAUAGUCAAUAACAUCAAUUUCCCAAUAUCAGGCUGUUAAUUUAGAUAUAUAUCCUUAGAAUUUCCCUUGGUAUUUUCUUUUUUGGAAAAAAAUAAUAAAAAUAUUGCUAAACAGUACACUUCACCUAAUAUAUUUUUAAAAAGUACAGUACAAUUAUAUUGAUAAUAUAAGUAUGUAAAAUUGUAUGUAAUUUUUUUUAAAUGAAAAGAGCUGAAUAGUGUUGAAAUGAAGAGAAUGAAAUGUCCAGUGACACAAGUGCAUACAGAAUGGAUUGAAAGGGGCGCAGAUUGCUUGUUAAAAGUGCUUUAACUAACCCCUAACCCUAACCAGCUUUAACUCCAGACAUGCACAUCUAUAAUUGUCAAAACUAACAUUUUGGUCCGACCAGCUACUAGAAAAAUAAAUUAACUUGUCCUCUGCGUAUCGCAAAAAGCACCUUUUAUGAUCAGCAGCACACACAAACUGCUUGUUUUCAAUGUAACUAACUGCUAACUAUUCUGUAGUUUGUUGUUGUUGUUUUUUUUACAGUAAACCUCACAAGAAUAGAAUGAGAUCAAAUAUAAAUAUGGAGAAAAUAUAACAUCCUGCCCCCCUUCUCUAACCCCACCUAUCCUGUUCAUAAUUUUCUUAGAGUCCCAAAGUUGUAUAGAAACCAUUCUGCAUUAUUUUCCCUACUGACCUCGCUGUCCUUUUAUUUUGGCAGUUACCUCCAUCUACACAAUAACACAAUAAGUGAGUUAUGAGGAAAAAAAAAAAGAAGUACCAUUCCAGUAACCCAAAGCAACUCUGAAGUAUACACAGUACAUGUUUUGUUUGCAGUUGUUCUGUUAUGCGGCUGUGAUUUUAAAGUUUUGUCAGUUCUGGUACAGACACACAGUAGCUCAACGCGCCUGCUUCCUAAUGGAGAGUGAUCUGAGAUUAGAGAUAGGAAAGAAUGAUCGAAUGUACAGUGUAAAUGCACAAUGUAAAUGCAUCCCUCCUCCUCUUUUGUCUAUGUUCAUGUCAUAUUUGAUCUCCCUGUCUAUAAAUGUUGAUUUUGAUCAUUUUAUAUUCCUGUUUUACUUUUAAUUAAAAGGGAGUCACUGAAAA